AUGGAAUCGCUUAUGAUUGGAUCGUUGGUACGAGUUCAAGGAGGACAUGAGGCCCUGCUCAAGUAUAUUGGACCGGUGAAGAACAAACAAGGAACGUUUGCCGGAGUUGAAUUGCAAGGAGAACUGCAGGAUAGAGGCAAAAACUCAGGAGAUGCCAAUGGAAUUCGAUAUUUUGAUACUGCGGUACCAAUGAGCGGACUUUUCAUUCCAUUUUGGAAGUUAUUACAGAUGAAUGGAGUUCGAGAGAGCCCGGAGAGGAUGAAUAUGUCCGCUCCACGAUCUCUCCGAUCUCCUACGCCGAUGAGAAUGGAAAGGGAUGAAGAAAUUGAGCAUCUUCGAGAUGAAAUUGAAAGUUUAAAGGUACAAAAUGGAGAGAUUACGAAUAAUAUGCGACUUUAUGAGCAGAAAUUGGCUGAAAGAAGCAAGAUAUUGCAAGAAUUGGAGGCUACAGUGAGUAGUUUUGAUCCUAUGCUUGCCGAAUAUGACAGGCAAUUGGAUAUUGAGGAGGAGAGAUUUGUGAAAUAUAAGGAAAGUACGGAUAAUCAGAUUAAAGAGUUGUUAGAUGCAAUAGAGUUGAUGGAGCAACAAGAGAUGUAUAUGAGGAAGAUGGGAGGAGGAGGAGGAGCAGCAGCAAAAGCAGAAGCAGAAGAAGGAGGAAGAAGAGGAGCAGAAGAGAAUAUAAAAGAUGAAAAGGAUGAACAGAUUGAACAAUUAAAAGAGAAAGUUCAAGAAAAGGAUAAGCAAAUCAAUGAAUUAAGGAAGAUUGAGAUGAAUAACUAUAAACUAGAGAUGAAAAUAGAAGAAUUAGAAGCCGAGGUGAAGGUGAAAGGAGAUGACAAUGAAAUAAUUAAAGAAUUAGAAGAAGAAAGGAGUAAGAAGGAUGAAGAAAUAGAGAAGAUAAAGAAAAAUGGACAAGAAACGAUCAAGAAACUUGAAAACAAGGUUAAGAAGCUUGAAGAAACGGUUAAAUUAAAAAGCGAUCAAGUGGAAAGCAAUGAGCUCGGAGUGAAUGAGACAGAUGAACGGAUAAAUGAACUAGAGAAAGAACUAACUGCCAAAGAAAGAAUGCUCUCGCAAAGAGAUGAGGUUCUACAACAACGAGGCACGAUGCUACUUGAAAAAGUAAGGCAAAUAGAGGAUAAGGACAAGUUGAUCAGAGAACUAGAGACUUACAAGGAGGGGCUGGAGCGACAAGUUGAUACGGGUCAGAGACAGACGGGAGAGACGAGACAGACGGGUCAGAGACAGACGGGUCAGAGACAGACGGGAGAGACGAGACAGACCAGUCGGACCAGACAGACGGCACAGACCCCACAGACACCACAGACACCACCGACGGCACAGACCAGACAGACUCGACGGUUGACAACCCUUGUCAAUACAGAUGGUAAGCUCGAAGUCUAUCGGCCUGAAAGUAAGGCAGAUCCAACUGCUGGACGGGAGAAAUGGUGCGGACUCUGUGAAAGGCCUGGCCACGAAAGUAUUGAUUGUCCCUACGAUGACGGAGUGUUCUAG